GAAGGUCAGGAAUUAAACAUGGCAGCCCGCAAUAUGUUGAGGUCUGUGUGGACCUCGUUUGCGGGCUUAAAAUUAGGUGCCACAUGCUCCAAUGUGAAGAUUCAACCGAGUAUAAAUGUCCCACAGCUAUCGGCUUUGACCAUCCAGAGUCGAGGGAUCCGCCAGGUGGUGGAGAAGAAGGAGGGUACAACAACAACGAUUGAAGGAAAAAUUGUGGAAGUCCCAGCAGCACCACAGCCUCCAAACCCUGCAGCUAAGUGUCCGAUCUACAGAUGGAACCUGCAGCACAAAUACAACUACACGGACGUUUUGUUGCUCAGUCAGUUCAUCAGGUCAGACGGAGGGAUGUUGCCUCGGAGAAUCACUGGUCUCUGUACUGAGGAACAUCGCAAGAUUACUGCAUGUGUUCAGAUGGCUCACAGAGCAGGUCUGCUCCCUGACCACAGACCCAAACUCCCAGAGGGCCACGUCCCAAAGAAGCCCAAACCACAACUCAACAGAUACCUGACUCGCUGGUCCAUUGACUCGGUGAAACCCAUCUACAAAAGGGGACUAAAAUGGUCUAAGAAGCGCAUGGCUGUUGGCCACCCGCUACUGAUGAACAAUGUGCGUUACGGUGUCAAGCCUCUUUAUAUAAAACAUUGACGGACAGAAAGCCAGACGAAUCGGUAGCAACUGGACGAGACUGGGUGGGCCCUUUUUCUACAAGGAUGCAAUCUCAAGUGUCAUAACCGCCCUGGGAAAAGGGCUUAAAAGCUUCAUCCAUCUGUAUUUAUGCGACCUUAUGUUUAUUAAGCUGCGUCACCCUUUUAAUGCAGCAUGCUCAGCUCCACACACAGCCAUCCAUUCUGUUUCCGCUGGUUUUCCAAAAGCCCUUGAAGUGAGCUCUCUGACGACCGAAUGUGGGUAACAACUGGGUCAGUGUCACAGUUUCAAAGUAGGUGGUAUGUUCGCUGUGUAUAGUCAAGGCAACACAGAUGUGCAAAUAAAGUGCGUGUGUUUACUCCGCCUCUCAACAUG